UGCCCUCUGUAGUGCUCCUCUUGCCCUUGCUGGGGCAUGUUCAGGAGCCAAGAGGUGCCCCAUCUCCUGCCCCGUGGGGCAGCUCCUGGCCCCGAGCUGGGGAAAGCCUGCCCAGGGCUGAGCUCUGCCCCUGAUGGCCUGGCUCCUUCUGUCCCUGCAGUGAAGGUGACCCUGGAUCCACUCACGGCUCAUCCCCGGCUUGUCGUGUCUCUGGACAACAGCAGUGUGAGAUGGGAAACUGAACGGCAGCAGGUGCCUGACACACCGCAGAGAUUUGAGUCUUGGUGCUGCGUGCUGGGCCGUGAGGAGUUCAGAGAGGGGAGGCACUGCUGGUUGGUGGAGGUGGAGGGAGAGCAGCAAAAAUAUGCUUGGUGGGCUGUGGGGGUGGCCAGAGCAUCUGUGGAGAAGAAGAAAGGGAUCAAAAUUUGCCCCCAAGAGGGAAUUUGGGCUGUUCAGUAUGAUGAAGGAGAUUUCACGUCUCUUACAUCUCCUCGCACCCCCUUGUCUGUGUACCACAACACCACGAGGAUCUGGGUCUUUCUGGAUUUUACCCAGAGGCAGGUGUCUUUUAUCAACGCUGACAAUGGGUUCGAGAUCUUCACUUUCACAGCAGCCACUUUCAAUGGGAAGAGCAUCCGCCCCUGGUUUUUGCUGGAAUCACCAGAAACUAAGCUUCGUCUGAGGGACAGCGCCCCCCAGACCCUGUCCCCAGCCCUGGGGACCUCCGAUGAUUUUCCAGCCACUCCUCGAACACCUCUCCUUGGCCCUGCAGGAGCAGUGCAGGAAUGAAGGGCAGUGGGGCCAGGGGCUGCUCCGUGUUCCUCCCUGCUGCUGGAGGAGGGCUGGGAUGCUGCAAGCAGGAACCAGGCCCCUUGAAGCCCCUGGGCUCUGCCCUGCACGUGGCUCCUGUGCUGGGGCACAAGCCUUGCUGGCACCCAUGGCUCUCACCCUGCCUGAGCCCCAGCAGGCAGCACAGGGGCUGCAGCAGCUCUCCACGCUCCUCUCCCCUCUGCUUGCACUGCUUGCAGACCCCAGGACAAGGGAUGUGGUCACCGUGUGCUGCCGGCCAUUGCAGGCCACCUUUGCCUCCUAGGUUGGGGUUGAUCUUUGCUCUGUGCCUGGUGCUGAGCAUGAGCAGCCUGAGGGGGCUCUUUGUUCCCUCCUCUGGAGCACAUCUAUGCAAGAUGCAGCAACUUGGGCCCCUCGCUACAAGAAGGACAUCGAGGUGCUUGAGUGGGUCCAGAGAAGGGCGACGAAGCUGGUGAGGGGCCUGGAGAACAAGUCCUACGAGGAGCGGCUGAAGGAGCUGGGCUUGUUCAGC